UGCAGCCCUUACUGUCAGUCUCCUCGCAAUUGGACGUUGAUACUUCGUAAACCUAUAGUUGCCUGGUACUUUCUUAAAAUAUUCUGAGAAAGCUGAAGUGGAUUGUGCCAAAUUUGAUAUAUCCCAGUGCCAAAAAAGUGCUAAUAAAUUUUCUGUUUGUCUUAAAGUAACUGAAUCUUAAAGAUUGAAAUUUAAACUUUAAGAUAGUGUGUACGGAAAAUGUUAACUUGGUAAUUUUCGUGUGUCAAUAAAGUGUUUAACUGUGAGUAAAGUCGACGCGUAUCUAAAACGUCGUUUCUGCUUGCCUAGUACUUGGCGGCGAUAUAAGUGCUUGUGGUGAUGUGAGGUGAUGGUGUCGAGGUAGUGUCUGCGGGUAUGGACCCGCUGGCGAGGCUUAUGGAGGGGGCCCCGUUACCGGGGGUGUUGGGCGCGACGAGGGACGCGAGGCCCCGUGGUGCCCUGGUGCACGCCAGUCUCGCGGCAGCGCCCACACUAGGCGACAAGAAAGGUCGCCAUCUAACCGGAACUUUUUGCCUAACCGGCGACACGAUGGAAGGGAUUAUACAGUGUCUCGUCUUCCUCAAAGCGUUUUCGCUGGUGGGCGGGGAGUUCGACAUGGAGCUGAACUUUGUGAUCCAGGACGCGCAGAACAUCCAGCACAUGUUGGAACUGCUCGACCACUGCCCGCCAAGCUUGCAGGCGGAAAUCUGGUCGGUGUUCAUCGCCAUUCUGCGCAAGAGUGUGCGGAACCUGCAAGCAUGUACAGAUGUUGGCCUCAUACACCACGUGCUACAGAGGCUACCGCAUGCCGAGACAGUCGUCGCAGACCUCCUCAUAGAAAUGCUGGGAGUACUCGCGAGCUAUAGCGUGACAGUCAAGGAACUCAAACAGCUUUUCAGUGCCAUGAAGGCAGUCAACGGAAAAUGGCCACGGCAUUCAGCGAAACUCCUGAAUGUGUUACGGCAGAUGCCGCACAGAAACGGUCCGGAUGUAUUCUUCAGCUUCCCCGGUCGGAAAGGCUCGGCGGUGGUCCUGCCUCCACUAGCGCGGUGGCCGUACGAGAAUGGGUUCACAUUCACCACAUGGUUCCGGCUGGACCCUAUCAACUCCGUCAACAUCGAGCGGGAGAAGCCCUAUCUAUACUGCUUCAAGACCAGCAAGGGUGUGGGGUAUACGGCUCACUUCGUGGGCAACUGCCUGGUGCUCACCUCGAUGAAGGUGCGAGGCAAGGGCUUCCAGCACUGCGUCAAGUACGAGUUCCAGCCCAGGAGGUGGUAUGCCAUAGCAGUGGUGUACAUCUACAACAGGUGGACGAAGAGUGAGAUCAAAUGCCUUGUCAACGGACAGUUGGCUUCCAGCACUGAGAUGGCCUGGUUUGUCUCUACCAAUGAUCCCUUCGACAAGUGCUACAUCGGCGCGACCGCCGAGCUGGACGAGGAGCGAGUGUUCUGCGGGCAGAUGGCGGCCAUCUACCUGUUUGGAGAGGCCUUAACAACACACCAGAUCUGCGCCAUGCACCGCCUCGGACCCGGAUACAAGAGCCAAUUCCGUUUCGACAACGAAUGCAACAUCAGUUUGCCGGAGAACCACAAAAGGGUGAGCGAGGCUGCUCCCAAGCUUGAACUUCCAGCUGCCGAGUCCCUCCCUGAUGUUCCCUCUCCUGAGAGUCCCGAGAAUCCUGAGCCUCAGUCCCUUGACGCUUCGCAAGAAGAUAUUAAGGCGCCAGAAAAGGAAGAAGCAUGUGUAGUAGUGAAGGAAGACGCGACGCCUAGAGGAAGGCGCAUGGCCGACGAAGCGCGCGAAGUGGCCGCCGCGCAUGCGUCCCUGCUCGUAGAUAUUGAAGCAUGCAAGCGUGUGUUAUACGAUGGCAAGCUGUCAUCAGCCAUCGUCUUUAUGUACAACCCAGUGGCAACAGACGGUCAGUUAUGUCUACAGUCCGCCCCCAAAGGAAACGUGUCAUACUUCGUGCAUACGCCGCACGCGCUUAUGCUCCAGGAGGUGAAGGCAGUGGUGACGCAUUCUAUCCACAGCGCCCUCAACUCAAUCGGGGGCGUGCAGGUUCUGUUCCCGUUGUUCGCACAGCUCGACUUGCCUCACGACGCGCCCGCUGCCGAUCCCAAACGGGACCCCAUGCUCUGUUCGAAGCUGCUCGGCUUCGUGUGCUCACUUGUGGAGUCCUGCGGCACAGUUCAACAACACAUGCUGCAAUGUCGUGGGUUCCUGGUAAUAUCCCACAUGCUACAACGCUGCAGCCGCGACCACCUCACGCCGGAUACUCUGGCAUCUUUCCUCCACCUGACCAAACAUCUGGUCACGUGUUGCUCGCCCAACUCCGACUUGCUUUUGAAACAGUUGUUGGACCACAUUCUCUUCAACCCGGCCUUGUGGAUACACACACCAGCAGCCGUCCAGGCCAGAUUGUACUGCUACCUGGCCACCGACUUCCUGGCUGAUGCGCAUAUCUACGGGAGCGUGAGGCGAGUCAGCACCGUGCUCCAGACGGUGCACACGUUGAAGUAUUACUACUGGGUCGUGAAUCCAAGGCAGAAGAGUGGAAUCGCGCCGAAGGGAUUGGAGGGCCCCCGUCCCGCUCACAAGGACAUCCUCACGAUUCGCGCGUACAUCCUGCUAUUCCUCAAGCAGCUGAUCAUGAUCGGCAAUGGCGUGAAGGAAGACGAGUUGCAGUCCAUACUCAACUACCUCACCACUAUGCACGAGGACGAGAAUUUGCACGACGUGCUUCAAAUGCUGAUCUCACUAAUGUCUGAGCACCCUAGCUCGAUGGUGCCUGCAUUCGACGCUAAGGGCGGCGUGAGGACAAUCUUCAAACUACUCUCGUCUGAGAGUCAGCUCAUCAGACUGCAAGCGCUGAAACUGCUUGGAUUCUUCCUCAGCAGGAGUACACACAAACGUAAAUACGACGUGAUGUCGCCUCACAACCUGUACACGCUGCUCGCCACGCGGCUGGGCGGCGCGGGCGCCGGCGACGCGCUCUCCCUGCCGGUGUACAACGCGCUCUACGAGCUGCUCACCGAGCAUGUUGGCCAGCAGAUCCUGUAUACAAGCCAUCCGGAGCCGCAGCCGCACUUCCGAUUAGAAAAUCCUAUGAUCCUAAAAGUAGUGGCAACGCUAAUUCGACAGUCGAAGCAGACGGAACAACUCCUGGAAGUGAAGAAGCUCUUCCUAUCAGACAUGACACUCCUCUGCAGUAACAACAGGGAGAACAGACGCACCGUCCUUCAGAUGUCCGUGUGGCAAGAGUGGCUGAUCGCCAUGGCGUAUAUACACCCCAAGAACGCAGAGGAACAGAAGAUUUCUGACAUGGUGUAUUCCUUGUUUAGGAUGCUACUGCAUCAUGCGAUCAAACAUGAGUACGGGGGUUGGAGAGUCUGGGUCGAUACGUUGGCCAUCGUGCAUUCUAAGGUGUCAUAUGAAGAAUUCAAGCUGCAAUUCGCGCAGAUGUAUGAGCACUACGAGCAGCGGCGCGCAGACAACAUCACGGACCCGGCGGAGCGCCAGCAGAGGCCUAUCAGCACCAUCUCGGGUUGGGAGCGCCCGCAGGCCCCAGCCCCCGCCGCCCUGCACCACCACGCGGCCCAGACCGAGCUUGGGCCCGGGCAUAGCCUCCGUGACGUCGACUGCAGCUGCAACCCACCAGACACCAACGAAGAAGACUCGAGGACUAACGUCGUAUAUAGUGAAGUGUGUAAAGUGCAUAGCCCUGUAAAAAAUGUAAAUACCGAAGUGCCCGAUGACGGUUGUGAUAGUGUUAAAUGUACAGAGGUCGAACACGCGAUCGAUGAAGGCGAAACGUCUAACGAACCGAGGUUGAUCAACGCGGAUAAUGAGUUGGUCGAUUCUAUUAUAAAUGAGAAUAAGUUACUGGAGAGCUCCGAAUCUGGGAUCGGGACGAUAGUGGAAGAGAAGAGUGAGAAACCUUUGACGAGGCAAGGCAGCCUCGAUUACAUUCCAGUGAGAGACGUCGGUGAUAACGUCUCGACGAAAGACGACAACACGGACAAGAGCGAGGGGAUACCUUCGAGUUUGUCCGUCAGCGAAACAGCGAGUCCUGAGCGUGUAGCCGACGGACUGAAUGCGGCGACGGAGAGGGAAUCUGACCUGUCUGAUCCCUCCGAGCUGUAUCUCACUCCGAGCGAGACAACUAGCCCUAAAAAAAUACAAGAUAAGACUGACAACCUAGACGAGGACAGCGAUGAUCCUAAACAUAUAGCAAUUAAUAUCGUGAAUGAUGUACUCACGAUUGCUUUGGAGACGGUCAGGUUAAAAACUGAUGACGACACUGAUUCUGGAGCUAUAUCAGGAGGCUUACAUUCCGAAGGUAACACACCAAACGGACGAGAAGACUUUGAACAGGAAAUCGAAGAAAUUAUUGAGGAGCAGCGAACGGCAGAAAGUGUCGCUAGUGAACUAGUAAAUGAUAUUAUUUCGAAUGUAGUUACAAAAUGUGAAGAGAAGAAUGAAACUGUGAUAGCGGACGACAAUAGCCCGCAGAGGGUGAUACCAUCUGAUCACCCACAUGAGGGUAACGUUCUGCCAUUAGACGGAGAAUUUUUAGUCAAUUCUAGAGAAGAAGAGGAAGAAUCUCAUAAACAAAAGCCGGAAGAAACUAUAGAUGAGGUAGCAGAAGAAAAUUUGAAGAACGACAGUCAAAAGGUUGAAUCUAGUGUACCGGAAGAGCCGAAGACGCCAGAAAUACCUCCUAUCGCUACUAUUAGUGAAAACAUUUCACGAGCAAAUCUACAACAGCAAGAACUGAAAGAACAAGAAGAUGAGAGGAAUCGUGACGCGGACAGAGAGAAGAGACGAGUCAGUUUACCUGGAGACAGUGAGAUGAAGCAAGACGGCAAUAGGGAGGGUGUUGCCUCUCAAGGCACAAAUACGACGACGUCACCGAAGAGGCCACGAAGCGCUUCGACUAGCACGCAAGUGGAUUCUAAUCACUUUGACACGAAAAGGCCGUCUAAAUGCAACCGGCCGAUGUUCUCGCCGGGCCCGACACGACCGCCAUUCCGGAUACCGGAGUUCCGGUGGUCCUACAUACACCAGCGGCUGCUGUCCGAUGUACUCUUCUCACUGGAGACUGAUAUACAGGUGUGGCGCAGUCACUCAACGAAGUCAGUGAUAGACUUCGUGAACAGCAGCGAGAACGCCAUCUUCGUAGUCAACACGGUGCACCUGAUCAGCCAGCUAGCUGACAACCUGAUCAUCGCUUGUGGGGGAUUGCUACCACUGCUAGCUUCCGCUACUUCGCCCAAUAACGAGUUGGACGUGAUCGAGCCGACUCAAGGCAUGCCGGUAGAAGUGGCAGUGACCUUCCUGCAGCGUCUGGUCAGCAUGGCGGACGUCCUGAUCUUCGCCAGUGCGCUUAACUUCGCCGAACUAGAGGCGGAGAAAAACAUGUCCAGUGGCGGCAUCCUUCGCCAGUGCCUGCGACUGGUGUGUACGUGCGCUGUUCGGAAUUGCCUCGAGUGCAAGGAGCGACAACGCUACGCGGCCGGGCGCGCCGCGCGCUCUGGGGAGACGCCCUCGCCUAAGAGUGUGGUGGCGAGCCUGGCGGACGCGUCAAGUCCCGUCAAAGACCCCGAGCGACUACUUCAGGACAUGGAUGUUAACAGACUACGAGCAGUCAUCUAUAGAGAUGUGGAGGAGACAAAACAGGCGCAGUUUCUGUCGCUAGCGAUAGUUUACUUCAUCUCCGUUCUGAUGGUGUCCAAGUACCGCGACAUUCUCGAGCCACCGGCGCACGCGCCGCCGGACUGCUCGCGCAGGAGCCACCACCAGCACGACCACCACGAUCACAAUGGAGAUGAUGUGGAGUAUGCAAUGAUUGUAGUUGACGAGAAUAAUUCAACUAUGAACGAACUCGACUCGCCGUCUAUGAAGGAAGGAGAGAAGGAGGAAGGUGUGGCCAAAAUUGAGACCACGACAGAUGAGUUGAAGCCUGGCUCUGGGGCCAAGAGCACCGACAAACCUGAACCGUCUCCGUCCUCUGAGAAGGAGGAACCACUCUUCAAAUCAAGUCUUCGCGUCAGGACCAAACCGAAGAGCGUGGAUUCCAUUGAAGACGCGGGCUCCUUCCACCUCAACUCCACGGAGACGACUAACAAUGACCCUGAGACGUCCAGCGAGAUAGCCAUGGACGACAAUAAGCACCCUGUAAGCAAUGACGAGUCGUGGACAGACGUGAAUCUAAACGAAGAAGGUGAGCGUGGUCCGGCCACCAUCACGGGACGGACGCGGGACCACGAGGGAAACAUACAUGAAGACAUAGAGAAGCAGAUCCACCUCCGCAACACGGAGUCGCAUCACCACAUACAGCAGCGGCAGAGAAGUCUGCAAGCUGCGCAGAGGCAUUUACAUCCUGACAACGAGACGCUAGCAGGUCUAAGCGCGAUGAACGCGUCAAUGUCAGCGGACGGCGUCAGUCGCGAGGCGUCACUCACACAUAAGCUGGAGACAGCUCUAGGACCUGUCUGUCCAUUACUUCGAGAGAUCAUGCUGGACUUUGCGCCCUUCCUCUCCAAGACGCUAGUUGGGAGCCACGGACAGGAACUGUUGAUGGAGGGUAAAGGUCUCCAGACCUUCAAGUCAAGCACGUCAGUGGUGGAGCUGGUGAUGCUGCUGUGCUCGCAGGAGUGGCAGAACUCGCUGCAGAAGCACGCCGGAUUGGCGUUCAUCGAGCUGAUCAACGAAGGCCGCCUGCUGUCGCACGCGAUGAGGGACCACAUCGUGCGCGUUGCGAACGAGGCAGAGUUCAUAUUGAACAGGAUGCGCGCCGAUGAUGUGCUCAAACACGCUGAUUUUGAGUGCCUAUGCGCAACAACAAGUGCGGAGCGCGGCGAGGAGGAGCGCACGUGCGAGCGGCUGAUAGCGGCUGCGCGGCGCCGCGACCACGCCGCCGCCGCGCGCCUGCUCGACAAGCUGCGCCACGCCGCCGACCACGGCGCCGGAUACGUCGCAACGACCCAGUUCUGGAAGCUGGACUCGUGGGAAGACGACGCUCGACGCCGGCGUCGGCUGGUGCCCAACCCGCAUGGCUCCAGACACGCGGCCGCUGCCUUGCAACCGCCGUCAGCUGCCAUGCCGCCUCACGACGCCAUACUACAGGCGCAGGAGGAGCUGCACGCGCGGCUGGCGGCGGAAGGACGCGCGCGCGGGGCGCAGCUGGCGGCGCCGCCCGCCGCCGACCUGCUGGACGACGCCGACCUGCUGGCCGAUGACCGAGAGAUCGACGCUGAUCUUACUGGGCCAGUGAACAUAAGCACGAAGGCGAGGCUGGUGGCUCCUGGCCUGGUGGCGCCAGGCACCGUGUCGCUGACCUCCACCGAGCUGUACUUCGAGGUCGACGAGGACGACCCCGAGUUCAAGAAGAUCGACCCUGAGGUGUUAAAGUACUGCGAGCAUCUCCAUGGCAAGUGGUACUUCAGCGAGAUCCGUGCCAUCUUCUCACGGCGCUACCUGCUGCAGAAUGUUGCUAUCGAGAUGUUCCUGGCUAGUAGGAUUUGUGGCAACUUUCCAGCGUCGAUCUUCUUCGCGUUCCCGGACCAGACGACGGUGAAGAAGGUGAUCAAGGCGCUGCCCCGCGUCGGAGUGGGCAUCAAGUACGGCAUCCCGCAGACCAGACGCGCGUCGAUGAUGUCCCCGCGUCAACUCAUGCGCAAUUCCAACAUGACUCAGAAGUGGCAGCGCCGCGAGAUCUCCAACUUCGAGUACCUGAUGUUCCUCAACACUAUUGCAGGGCGCACUUACAACGACCUGAACCAGUACCCUGUGUUCCCCUGGGUGCUGACCAACUACGAGAGCGAGGAGUUGGACCUCAGCCAGCCGUCCAACUACAGAGACCUGUCCAAGCCAAUCGGCGCUCUUAACCCGUCCCGGCGAGCGUACUUUGAGGAGCGUUACAACACGUGGGAGCACGAAUCCACGCCACCCUUCCACUACGGCACGCACUACUCCACCGCCGCCUUCGUGUUAAACUGGCUCGUGCGCAUUGAGCCGAUGACGACGAUGUUCCUGGCGCUGCAAGGCGGCAAGUUCGACCACCCCAACCGGCUGUUCUCAUCCAUCGCCAUGUCCUGGAAGAACUGCCAGCGAGACACCUCUGAUGUCAAGGAGCUUAUCCCCGAAUUAUUCUUCCUGCCUGAGAUGCUGGUGAACUCUGCGGGCUAUCGGCUGGGCAUCCCCGAGUCUCCCUCUGGGGACGUGCUACUACCGCCAUGGGCUUCGUCUGCCGAGGAGUUCGUCCGCAUUAACCGCAUGGCACUAGAGUCGGAGUUCGUCAGCUGCCAACUGCAUCAGUGGAUUGAUCUCAUCUUCGGAUAUAAGCAGAGAGGUCCGGAGGCAGUCCGCGCGACCAACGUGUUCUACUACCUGACGUACGAGGGUGGUGUGCGUCUCGACCAGAUCACGGAGCCCGUGACGCGCGCCGCCAUCGAGGAUCAGAUCCGCAGCUUCGGACAAACGCCGGCGCAGCUGCUGACUGAGCCCCACCCGCCCAGGGCUUCUACUAUGCAUCUAGCUCCGCUCAUGUUCGCGGCGGCGCCCGACGAUGUGUGCUUGCGACUGAAGCUGCCCUCCAAUGCGGCAGUGGUCCACGUCUCCGCCAACACUUACCCGCAGCUGGCGAUGCCUGCUGCUGUCACGGUGAGCGCGGCGCGCGCGUUCGCGGCGCACCGCUGGGCGGGCGGCGGCUGCGCGCACGGCGCGGCCCGCCACGCCGCCGACCACGCGCCGCCGCCG